UCUCAUAUGUUUCGUGACACGCAGAGGUCGUAGGAAUAGAUGGGAAGGUAGAAUUUGGGCAUUAAAACCUGGCGAUGUACCGUAAGAAAGAGUGAAAUACAGACAAAGGCGUGAGAUCACUCCGUUACCAUGACAACCACGUGAUCACAACAACAACAUCUCUGGAGGCUUUACCUGCUAAGAAGGAAAGAAUAUAUAUUAACACCCAUCUUGAUAACCAUGAACAAGGCACAAACAAGAAGUCAAGUUAUAAUGUAUAAUGGAAUGAAGAUAAUGUGAGGAAAUUAUGAUAAAAUGUAAACUAGACAAAUUAAGAAAAGAAAAAAACUAUGAGAGAAUGAUAUGGUUGGAUAAAAGUGGAACAAAAGUACUAUAAAGAGAAAUUAUGAAAAAAUAUGGAAAAUGAAAACUAGAAAAAAUAGAAAAUAAAAGAAACACCAUAACAUUUUCCCAGCCAUUCCAUUCCCCAUCACCACCCUUCACCAUGUCACCAUCGGGGGGAAACGCAAUUUCCGCUGGGGUUGAAUUCCCUUCCCAGCGGCGCGAGAGAAUUGACUGGCAUAAACUAGCAUCCAUUGACCUCCGUGACCUGACCUCAGGGUGUCCUAUUGAGGUCCUACAGGAGAACUUGACCCAGGUUGCGUUUUGUGAUGCCGAGGCGGAGUUUGACCUUGGGACGUUGGCGGGGCAGCGGAACUUGUUGAAGGUGUUCCGUCUGGCUCAGCUCACAGUGCAGUAUCUCUUCCUGUCCCAAGAGUUCAUGGAGACCCAGCUGAAGGAGGCCCAGGAGGAGGUGGAGCAGCUCUCGGAGAAGUACCAGCAGGUGAAGGCCAAGCUGGUGCAACAAGUGGACGAGGCGCGGAAGAUGAAAGCCACCAACAGGAACAUGCGCGAGACAGUCAAGCACAUCAACUCCUUCGCCAUCAACAACGGAAUAUUCCAGGCCGUCCGCUGCCUCCACUGCCCUAAGACAUUCCGUAGCCCUGAUUUCCUGCAGGCGCACCUCUAUCGGAAGCACCCAGGGUAUGCGGCAGCCUCGGUUAGCGUACCUAUACCCCAAGCAGCGCCUCCUUCCAUGCCCUCCAUUGUCAGUCCUGCACAGGUUACGUUAGUUCCUUCCGCUGGUAGUCUGCAUCCUACUGACCCUCCCGUACAGGUUAGUCAGGUCCCGUUGGCCGCCCCAGAGGUCAAAAGGCAAGAGGUCGGCGUUAGUACCCUCACCGGCACUCACAAUCCCUCCGAGCAGUCAUCAGGUCCGCCAAAAAUGAGUGACGUUGAUUCCUUUAGACUGAGUGAAAUGAAACGGAAAAGUGAGACCAUGAGUUUGUCCGUUCCGUCGAAACCCAAUGACGUUGAUUCGUACCGACUGAACGAAAUUGAGCGGAAAUGUGAGACCAUGAGCGACAAUUUCCUCCGGCUUAUCAGGGACUUGGAGGAGCAGAAGAAAGUGCUUGAGGCCGACCACAGCAGGAAGCAGGAGGAGGUGAAGCUGGCCUGGGAGGAGAAGCGGAACCUGGAGGAGCACUACGAGGCACAGCUGGAGAAGUUAAGCCGGCGGGUGACGCAGCUCCAGAGUACGGAGGUGGUUCAUCCGUCUCCCGCUGAAGACGAUGACCUCCGACAACUCAUCCAUCGGCAGGAGGAGGAGCUGCAUCGCCUCCGAGACCAGAUAGAGUCUCAAGCCGCCGGGAGCCGAGUGGAUGAGAUACGAGGGCUGGAUGAUGUCGACGGAUUACAGGAGCAGCUUCAGGACCUCAAACGACAACUUCACGAGCAGGAGCGGAAGCAUAGGAGGUCACUUAAGGAGAUGCAGGACUCCCUUCAGAGGAACUACGAGAACGCCUUGAGCUCGGAGAAGGACAGAUUGAAGGAUAUGGUGAAGGAGCUAUCGCGUGAGGACCCAGUAGGAGCAGGAGGAGUCGGAGUAGCAGGAGUCCCUCAUAAGCCACCUCCUUCUCCUAAAUCUUCUAGUCAACCCAAAAAGCCACCAACACCGAAUAUGGCAACUAAACCAGCUGUGGCGAUUCACAACAUGGCAGACUCAACUCCUUCCUCAGCCACACCACAGCCACACAGACCACAGCCGCACCUCAUGGACGCAGACGACACAGAGAGCGAGACAGAGAGCGACACAGACACAUCGUACUGGAACCAGAGUAAGAUGAAAGUCAAGCACCUCCAGAUUAGCUCAAAGGGAGGAAAAGACACACAGACUAACAAAAAUAAAGACUCCUCACUGACAACAGAAGAGGAGGAGGAGGAGGAGGAGGAGGAGGAGGAGGAGGAGACAAGGAGUGAGGGAACAUCUGAGUCACUCCACCUCGAUGCGUUACUCCGAGACAACCCGCAGCUCUGGGGUCAAAUGAAGGAGGCGACAUCUGAGGUUCUUGACGCCAGACUUGACACCCUAGGCAUCGAUCCGUCUUCUAAGGGUAUUAAGACCGACACCUUGACCUCCUGCCUUGCCCAGCUCAGGAAGGACCGCAGGACACUCGAACGAAAACACGACAACUUCAGCGCCUUAAGAAAGAGACUGGAGAAUGAGGUCACGGCAAAGGUCGAUGAUACUAUAGACGACGCGAACGAUACAACCGACGACACACGAAUGGAAGUAACAGACGAAAAAGGGCGGCAAGGUCAAAGAGGUGUGCUGUCGAGGAUGGUCAAGAAUGUGCAGUCCAAGGUCAAGGAGCGGUCCAAGGUCAUCCAGUCGUCAAUGUCCAAAACCGGGACAUCCAUGAGGUCAGGCGUGAAGGACAUCUUCCAGACCACAAGGAGUAGCAAUGACAUCCAGGUUCUAGGGACACACAAGGAUGUAGGACUCUCAAAGGAUGCCGCAGUGCAAGAUGAGAGCUCUGAGGAGGAAGAAGAGGAGGAGGAGGAGGAGGAGGGUAGCACAGACUCAGACAAUGAAUCCAGAAGUGCCAGGAUUGAGGUGCAUAACGAGACCAUGAAAUCAGUGAGACGGAACCUGUUUUUGGACCCUGGGGGAGACUCAGGUACAGCCACAGGAUCCAGGCACACCCCAGGGACAGCCACAGGAGCCAGACACACCCCAGGGACAGCCACAGGAGCCAGAAACAUCCCAGGACCUAGACACGCCUCUGGGUACUUCGACAACAAAACAUAUGGAGAGGAGAGUGAGGCAGAGGUCGGAUGGGACUCAGAGCCGGAAUACGAGAACAUGAAAGAGGAACCACCGAAGCGAACUGACAGCCUGCGCCUCUCUCUUGAACCUGCCGACCUGCACGCUACACCCCAAUCCUGGCAGCCUGCAGAGGAGCCACAGCCGAUCAAACUCAAGCGACCAACUGGGGAGAAGGUCACAGGACUCACACGGACUAUCGAACUGCAGCUGAGCGGAAGGAAGAAGACGAAACUGGCAGGUGCGGUGGAUGUUACGACGGGUCUUGAGGCGUCGAAGGAGAGUGCCAGAAGGAUGAGCGCCUCCCAGGACUCGCUUGGCAUUCACGAGUUGAGGAGUGCAAGCGAGUCGUCCAAUACGGUGCGCACGAAUAUGUGGGGAUCGGCCGAGGCAUUGGGGAAGGAAAAGCCACCAAGACCUUCGACAAGUAGAGGAAGGAUACACUCAUGGGAUUCUGAGGAGGAUUUGGAUAUUAGCGACCUGGAGUGAGCGAUGGAGUUUGUUUUAUCAUUUUAUUUAUUCUACUUUCAUUUAUCUAUUUUUAGGGGGGAGGUAAAGACUGCGAAGACCUUCCAUAAGUAGAAGAAGAGUGAAUUUUUGAGACUCAUUGAAACACUUGGAUAUUAUAUUGACCUAGAAUGACCUGUGUGAGUUUGUUGAUAUACUAUUUAUUUAUUUUGUUUAUUUCAUGAUCUUAAGGGCAAGUGAAACUGAACCGUAACAUGUAAAGCCUCCUGCCCUCGAAGAACAGGUCAUUUUGUAGGUAGGGAAAUGGAAAAAAAUGAUAUUGCGAGUUUUUUUAUAUAUACGUAUACUGCUAGUCUCAUACUUUUGUCGGUUAGUAUUUUUCAGUUUUGUAUUAAUGUUUUGAAGAUAAGUUGCAUUUAUUUUUGUAGUUUUGUAUAGAUUUUAACAGUUUUUACUUUUAUGAUGGUUGUGUGGUAACAUUAUGUAUUUCUAUUGAUAUCCCCAAUUUUGGGAAAAAAACAGGCCUUUUUGGGGAAAAAAACACACCUCUCCCAUCAAAAUGAGUGAAUGAAAUUGAAUUGAAUUGAAAUAUUUAUUGUUGUAAAAUACAACAAAGGGGGAUGGCUAGUCUUGCAGACAAACCCCUGACUAUGCUAGUUAAAAAAAAAAAAAUCUAUUGUACAAAAAUAUAAACAUAAGUUGAGGUUAGUUAACAGAAAAAGGAAUUAGAAUGUAAAUGCUGACAUUGCCUUCCUAUCAUGCAAAUAGUCUUUGACCCACCCCAGUAAUUUUCCUGUAACUGAACUCCCUAUAGCUUUUAAGGCAAUUUAUGUGGUAAAGUUAACAGAUUUAGUUCAGUUAUAUUCCAUGCCAAAUUCUCUCAAUAUCGAGACGGCAAUGACUGAUCCGCCAACCCAUAAUGCACCGCGGCCGUGACGUCACGCGAAACAUCUAGUCAAGGUAAAUAAAUAAAAAGUGAAA